GUCAGUGUUUCAAUCCUCCGUGGAGCUCGAGCUUUGCUUAUCACUCACAUUGCGCAUUCCUUAACAGACUGUGAGUGUCUCAUCCCUCGAGCCUUUCUCACCAACGACAUCGCUGAUCCAUUCAUAGGAGGUGAGUUUGUUCAUCCUCCUUUGGCCUUGAGCCAUGCUGACCGAAGACUUUAUUCAUUGACAGAUUGUGAGUGUAUUGGUCCUCAGCAGAGGGUGACGAUUUUCAACUUUCCAUCAU